CCCCUUCUCAGUCAGGCGUCGCUCCGGGCCCGGGGCUGCGCUGCCCAGGCAGCGCCCGCGAGAGAGUGAACUUGUUGGCAAGGCGCCCCCGAGCCCGGGGACCCUGCUGAGGGGCAGCUGCGGGCUUUGGUGCAGAGGGCUGUGCCGAGGAUCAGAAUAACGGGGUGUUGCCUUGGUUAGUAUGGAUCUGCAGCCACCAUUUGCCGUGGCUGGGAGCAGAAGAGAGCCGAUUUCUUGGGGAACGGGUGCGGGGGUCUUUCCCUUUCAGUCCCUUCUAGGAAGUAGCCUGCUGCUUUCCCAGAUAAUCAUUGGAGAAACUGCAGUGUUUUGUCUACAGCUAGCUACAAGGGAUUUUGAAAACCAAGAAAAAACCAUAUUAACUGGAGACUGUUGUUAUAUAAAUCCACUGGUGCGCAGAACCAUCCGAUUCCUUGGAAUCUAUGCAUUUGGACUGUUUGCUACAGAUAUCUUUGUAAAUGCUGGACAAGUAGUAACAGGGAAUCUAGCACCACAUUUUCUUGCACUUUGUAAACCCAACUAUACAGCACUUGGAUGUCAACAGUUCACACAGUUCAUCAGUGGUGCACAUGCCUGUACUGGAAACCCAGAUCUUAUUAUAAGAGCCAGAAAAACAUUUCCAUCCAAAGAAGCAGCUCUUAGUGUAUAUGCAGCUACGUAUCUGACUAUGUAUAUUACCAACACAAUAAAAGCCAGAGGAACAAGGCUUGCAAAACCUGUUCUGUGCUUAGGCUUAAUGUGUUUGGCAUUUCUUACUGGUAUCAACAGAGUAGCCGAGUAUCGAAAUCACUGGUCAGAUGUGAUAGCAGGAUUUAUAAUUGGAAUAUCAAUAGCAGUGUUUUUGGUUGUAUGUGUGGUAAAUAAUUUUAGAGGAAGACAACCAGAACAUGAAAAUUCUCAUAUGGAUAAUCUGGCCCAGAUGCCAAUGAUCAGCAUCCCUCGAGUAGAAAGUCCUUUAGAAAAGAACCACAUCACGGCCUUUGCAGAAGUCACAUGACGAUGAAGCUGCCAUGUAUUCACUACACUGGACAUCAUCUCUUUUCACAGUCCACUCAUAAUAACUGAAGCGUAUUGAAAAUAAGAGAGUAAAAAUUGUCUGAUUUAUAACUUGAUUUUUACGACAUUAAAACUACAUCAACAUUUGAAAACUGCUUCUUAAAUAUUAAAAGUUCAAUUUACUUUCCAACAAAAGCAUUGCACCAUUAUUUAUGUAUUUAUUUAUGGAGUAGGGGGUGGGAAGGAAUCUGAACACUAGUCAUGUUGUAUGACAAUGCCCUCUCUAGCC